AUGUCAGAGAAAUUCCCUCCUUUGGAAGAUCAAAACAUUGAUUUCACACCCAACGACAAAAAAGAUGACGACACCGAUUUUUUAAAAAGAGAAGCAGAGAUACUUGGAGACGAGUUCAAGACUGAACAGGAUGACAUAUUGGAAACGGAGGCUUCCCCCGCCAAAGAUGAUGACGAAAUUAGGGAUUUUGAAGAGCAAUUUCCAGAUAUCAACUCCGCAAAUGGCGCAGUCUCGAGCGAUCAAAAUGGUAGUGCUACUGUAUCUAGUGGUAAUGACAAUGGCGAGGCAGAUGAUGAUUUUUCCACAUUCGAAGGUGCCAAUCAGAGUACAGAAUCCGUUAAAGAGGAUCGUUCUGAAGUUGUAGACCAAUGGAAACAACGUCGUGCUGUAGAGAUUCACGAAAAGGAUUUAAAGGACGAGGAGUUAAAAAAGGAAUUGCAGGAUGAAGCUAUCAAACAUAUUGACGAUUUUUACGAUUCUUACAAUAAAAAGAAGGAACAACAAUUGGAAGAUGCUGCUAAGGAAGCUGAGGCUUUCUUAAAGAAAAGAGAUGAAUUUUUUGGUCAAGACAAUACGACCUGGGAUCGUGCACUUCAAUUAAUUAACCAAGAUGAUGCCGAUAUCAUUGGGGGUAGAGACAGGUCUAAGCUUAAAGAAAUUCUUUUGAGAUUGAAAGGUAACGCGAAGGCUCCCGGUGCUUAA